AUGACUAAAUAUUGCCGAGCAUUUCUUACCUCUCAAGAAACUUUUGCUUUGCAACCCGUUGGUUAUGUUUUACUCAAUGUUCAAAAUCAUUUCACACAUUGGAGUGGCCUCUGCCCUUUGCUCAAAAUUUAUUCUAUCUUAACUCUAGGAGGGACAGACCUUAUCCCAUCCGUCCAACAAACUGGUCUCGGUGCUUUCUGCGAAUCAACAAUCACUGUUCCAUCCACAUUCGCUGGAAGCAAAGGUGUCAUAAAUGUUGUCGCAGUUUUCGGCCUUGUAUUAAUCACCAUACCUACCGUCAUAGCCAUUGUUUUGAGACACCUUGCCUCAGCACACAGCCCAUUAGGAGAACCUCGAGCAAUACACACACAAGCCCCCCCGCGAAUAUAUGGUAAUGGAGGAAUUCCAUUCGAUGCGUCACUGGCAUGCGCAACGAUAAGAGAACAGGCGGACAAGGCACAGGAGGAAGAGGAGGACGAGAGAUUGACGAGCGGCAUGCACAUUUUGGUUCGGAGUUGGUAUAUAUAA